AUGUGGUCCCCUUCCAUUCAACGAAUCAUCAUAACUACCGUAAUCCUACUAUUCCUAAUUAAAUUCUUUUUUUGGAAAAAUGAGCAAUCCAAACUCGAUUCUGAGGAGAAUCAAGAUUCUGAGAAGGAGAAUUAUUGGGAUUCCAUUCAAAAAUUGAAUUCAUUUUCAAUCAAUGAAGGCGAUGAGAAGCGAUAUGAGCUCUACAGUAAUCUUCCAGCGAAUCCAAAUUUAGCCAAGAUUCCCAAAAAAUUGGCGGCAAUCGACGCAUCAAAAACGGCAAUUUGUGAGACGGAUACAUUCAUUGGUCAACAAGUUCUAUGUAGUUUUGAAGAGAAGAGAGAUGAAGAGACAUCAUGUGAUAGUGAUUCACUUCAACAUUACUCGGAUUUCGAUGAUUUCGAACGAGAGAACGAGCUGGAUUCGAAUUUCACGAAUUGGACGAUUCUAUUCGCGAGACGGGAUCCCAUCGAGCGAUUUAUCGAUCAUUUUAUGGAUUAUUGUGUUAGAGAAUCCCGCGCUUGUUUCCAAUGCCGUCUGGACCUUCGCUGUUUUCUGAACAACAUCUACACUGAAAUCGAGAAGAUUCGAGCUGGAAACGUUACAGUAAACGAGGACGAGCUGAAAUAUGUCCCUCAACACUGGUUCUGUCAAAUGGAGACCAAGAAUCAGCGAUUUGAAUUUAUCGAUUACACGCUGUUUGCAAAUCCAACGAAUCCAGAGUAUGCUGAGGCGAAGAGACCCAACGCCGAUGAGAUAUUCGCUGAAAAUGUGUCGUUCUAUGAGAAAAUUCAAAAAUUCUACACCGUAUUCUUGCAUAGCCGACCGGAUGUGCUGGAUUUAUUCGUAAAAACGUAUUAUUGGGAUUAUUUGAUGCUGAAAAUGCCCCUUCCAGAGCUGAAAGUCGCCAAAGUCCGAGAUUAUAAGAAGGGAUGGAAAUAG